AUGUCUCCAGGCGAAAACAACGCCUUCGUCGGCCUGAGUGGCCCCCGAAGAUCGCACAGAAAAUCACGUGAUGGAUGCAAGAAUUGCAAGCGUCGGCGGAUCAAGUGCGACGAAUCCAAGCCCGUCUGCAACAAAUGCGUCUGCUCGAGGCUGGCCUGCGAUUUCGCCUCGGGGAACCCGGGCCUGAUCAGCGCCAUCAUGAGCCUGGCUCCCGGAAAGCGACGUCGAGGGCGUCCGCCCAAGUGCACGUCAGCAGCAGCGCUCACAGCCAGGGUCCCUGCCGUGCUGCCCGAGGUGGACCUCGCCGAGCUCGAGCUCAUGCACCAGUACUCGACCUACACGUACCUUGACAUCGACAGAGAAGGAGUGCGGACCAUGUGGAGAGUGAAUGUGCCUCUUCUUGGCUUCUCGGAGCAGUGCGUCUUGCACAACAUCAUGGCCUUCUCGGCGAUGCACCUGGCCUCGCUGCGGCCAGAGCAGAGUGCCCACUACGCCGCCCUGGCUGCGCACUAUUCCACCCUUGGCUUGCAGAGGACGACCGAGCUGCUCGCGACAGCCGACGAAACAAACUGCCAGGCCAUCUACGUCUCGGCCAUCCUCAUCUGUCUCUACGUCCUGGCCAAAGGGCCGUCGCCCGGCGACUAUCUGCUCUUCAGUGACAACGGCCCGUCGGAAUGGGUGCCUCUGCUUGGCGGCCUGCGGGCCAUUGUCAACACGUACGGGCUCGCGGUGCUCAGGACGGGCCUGCUCGCCCCCAUGGCCAGUCUUCGGAGCAGCGCCACCCAGCCGGCCGCUGCGUUGGAGAACAAGCCGUGGAUCGACUGGGAGCGGCCGCUCGAGGACCUCCGGGCGUGGCUCAUCUCCGCCGCCACCGAGGCCGAUGUGUACGUCGAAGCGCUCGAUGGCCUGACGCGGUGCUACGAAGGGAGGUAUGGAAGGGGCCCCGAAAGGUCGUACCGCGGCGACUCUGCGAACCAGGUCGUCAUGGGGUGGAUAUACCGUACGAAACAAGACUUUAUAUUGUGCUUGGAGCAGAAGAGGCCCAUGGCCCUGGUCAUUCUGGCCUACUUUGCGCCGCUCUUGAAGUCGAUGGAGCCAAUGUGGUACAUGAGGGGUUGGGCGGAGCAUAUUGUUGCUGGCGUUCAUAUGUUCGUUGAUGAGCAUUACUGGGCCUGGCUGCGCUGGCCUCAGGAGCAGAUAGAGCAACAUGUGUAG